GUAAAAUUUGUGAAGUUACGAGACCUGUCUUUACCUUAAAAUUGUGUACGAGAAAAUAGAGCGAUCGCUUGGAUUUCUUUACUUGAAAGACAUGUCAAAGGCUAAGUUUUCCGUCGGAGAGACAGUUUGGGCAUUAUGGCCUGGGAGCAAAAAAUAUUACGAAGCAGAAGUGCUUGAACAACGCAAGAACGCCGUGUACGUUAACUUCAAAGAUGGCUUCAAAACGGAAGUUCCUUUGCGACAAACCUUUGUAAGGCUGGAUUUUUUCAUUGGUUAGAUAAAAAUUAUUUUAAGAUACUUUUCGAAUAACCACAAUUUAACAGUCGUGGUCGAAAGACCAAUGACUGCUGUUAAUUUAGCAACAUAUUUCGCAAGAACACCAUUAGAUUAAUCUCAUUUGAGUUUGUUUAUAUUUAACAACCUAAUGUGCUAAAAGCUCAAGAUUGACCUUUAAUACAAUUACACUUUUUCCCUUUGAUAAGCCCAGACACUAUUUAACGUCGAAAUAUACGAUUUAGCAACUUAGAUGUGACCGAAAUACUCAAUGUUUUUACACAAGUCUUACCGUCUUACCGUUGUGUUAUGUAGAAAGAACAACGAUUUCGCUCCCGCUCAACUUCGCCUGCUCGAAGCCCAGCUCGGAGAUCUCGUUCACCAGCAAGGCGAUCUCGCUCUCGAUCAAGAUCACCUGCAAGAAGCGGUGGACGUCGUCAAACAAGGAAAUCUACAUCGGAGGAAAGUCUUGUAGAGAAAGUCACACAACAAUCUGUGGCUGUAACACCGAGUCGCCGAUCACCGAGACGAGGCCGAACACCCGAAAAGAAAAUCGAACAGACUUCAGUGGUCACCUCAAGCUCUAAAGUAACAUCCGAUGGUUCAAGCGUCACUACAGUUCGUGUCACUCGAUCUGUAACGAAAAAGCUCAUCACUGAAGAGAAAGAGGCGUUACUCUCAGCAACAGAGAUGAAGCCUACGAAAAGCAAGCAUGGGUAUGAAUUCGGUGGCCCUGUUGGCGUUUUCUUCAUGAUGCUAGCAUUACCAGCAGUUGUGGUUUUGUCCUAUUUGUUCUGUAAUGGAGAGGGGUCAUGUACAGUUCGCAGGUGGCCGUCCUUACCCCCUAUUAAGGAGUUUUUUAAUGUCGGUCACCUGAUUGUUGAUGGAUGGAUUAUACUCCAAGUUAUUAUAUACAUGCUGCCAAUUGGAAAGGUAAGACAUAGUCGUAUACCUGUACUUCUUGGUUAUAAAAAACUUAAGAAUGAUUAUGUAAUAAGGUUGCUCCCUUGCCAACUGGUAAUGAAUUUUAUUUGAUGGAGCUGAAGUCAAGCAAUUAUUGGAUUAGCCUGAGUAUAAUAUGGGGAAUUAUUAUUAUACAUUGGACUCACUAUGUGUCUUCUUAUUGGCUAAGAGCUAACAAUUAAUUUUGGAAAUUGGCGCAACCUAACUAACUAGUCUGCAGGUUGCAUGUGGAAUGUAUGAUUUCUAAGAGCCAUGUCUAUUCUUUUUGGAAAAUAAUAAACUGUGUUCAGGCAACAGUGUUUUUGUUUUUAUUUUCUUCUAAAUAACAUAUAAGGUCAUGCUUGGCCUUCGACCUCAGCUGAUAAAACUUAUUUUUCGAUUUCACAAAAAACACGAAUGCAUUAACUGUAGGCCUUUCCCGACUGCGCUCGUAAAAUCCUAAAAAAGUGCUCGCAAAAAUGGCUAAAAAGUGCUCAAAAAGUGCUCAAAAUCUCAAAAUAGUGCUCAAAAAGUGCUAAAAGUUGUGAACAGUUACCUCUACGCUUUUCGUAAAUAUGUCAAUUUUUACUGAAGUAAUUAACAAUCUAUUUUGCAUAGUGUUAUUCGACAGGUUGUUACGAAAGGUUGAUAGAAUAUAGAACAAUAAUAUUUUUAAAAAACCAAAGCCGGUUACGAAUUGUAAAUAAAUUCAGCGGUACUAGCAUCAGAUGAUUUAGAAAUUUGAGAUGACACAAGCAUGAUACAUCAGCCAAUCAGAAACUUCUGUUCUCACCCUCAGUAAGGAUAAGUCCACGUGCCUUUCCAUGACAACGGUCUUUUAUUCUUGACAACAUCAUUAGUUAUUCAAAUUUAUGACCUGGAACGCGAUUCUCGUUGGGAGCGACACUCAGGUUUUGCUUUAAAAUGUUUUAGAAGACAUAUGUUGCUCGAAAGUUGCUCGAAAUGUGAAAUAUUGCUCAAAUGUUGCCCAAAGUGCGAAAAGUGCUUAAGGGUGCUCAAAAUGCAAAAUAGUGCUCCAGACUCAAAAAAGUGCUCAAAAGGUGCUCAGCGCAAUCGGGAAAGGCCUAAUUAACUGUUCAUGAUACUAACAGUGUACAGUGGAACCUCUAAGACUAUAUAACAAAUGUCCUCAAAAUAAUGAACAAAUUUCUUUGCCCCAAUAAUAGUAAAAUAUAUGAAAAAGAACCUCAGUAUAACAUAACCUUGUUAUAGCUAAAAAAUUUUGUCAGUCCCUUGGGCCUUCAUUAAAUCGAGGUUCUCCUGUAUUUAGAUCCAGGGGGAUGUUAUAACACCCUUCAAGAUGUGCAUAACCCUUCAUGUCAUAUGGAAGUGGAAUCCAAUAAUUGUUUUUCAUUUUUUCUUAUCAACAGUAAUUACAUGACUGACUGUAUGCUUUUUGAACUCUUAUAGGUGGCAUAUGGGAGAGCGUUAUCUGAUGGAACUCAACUUGACUACAGACUGAAUGGUCAGUUGAUGGAUAUUUGUUAUCAGAAUUCACAUGUAUUUCAGGAAUAACUGAUUGGCAUUUCUGUCUCUUUUUUCUGACAUUUAGGAUUUCUUGCUUUAAUGCUAAGUGUGAUUGGAUUUGCUGCCUGUGUCUACUUCAAAGUCUAUGUUGCUUUGGUGUAUGACACAUUUCUUGGAAUCAUAACAGCAACCCUCAUAUGGUCUGUUCUGGUUUCUGUCACUGUUUAUGUCAUGGCUGGCAUGCAGAAGAAGGGACUCUCUCCAGGAGGAAACACAGGUUCUUGAACAUGACACAUUUUUUAUAAUCAAGCUUUUAAAGUAACAGCUGAAUGUUGAAAGAACUUAGCAAUAUUAGUAAUCACUAAAAGUUUGAGUCCCAUAUGUAUACACUGAAUUUAAGUUUCAGAGAAAUCCUCUUUUAACAGUCAAAAUUUUGUACAAUGUGUGUAGCUCUACCAAAAUUUUGCCAACAAGCAAUUUUGCAGUUUUAGAUGCCUGAUAUUUUCUUGGAUAUUUCUUGCGAAGAGCUUAAAAUUACUCUGGUUAUAAAAAAACUCGUUUACUUUUUGAACUUAAUUUGUGUACUUGACAACUUUCUGUAAGUUAACUAGUAUGCUGUGAUAUUGUAAGAGUGGACAUGUCAAAGAAAUAAUGGCCUUAUUUUAUUUAACUUUUUUUCUACAGGAAAUGUUGUUUAUGACUUUUUCAUGGGACAUCAGCUCAAUCCCCGAUGGGGAAAGUUUGAUUUCAAGUUUUUCUUUGAAGUCAGGCCUGGACUUAUUGGCUGGGUAGGGAAGACUUAUUAUUUCACGUAUCAGUUUGUGAUCUGUAUAUACAACCCGUAUGUGAACAAGAGACUGUAUGCCAAAUGCGUGAUCUAUUUUGUUGGUACUCCAUAAUGUUGAGAGUAGAUCUCAGGGCCACCAAGAAACUACUGGCCCUAAUUCUUCAGAAGGUGGAUAUAGCUAUAAUGUAGUUGGUUUCCAUAAUACUCAGCUGCAGGUUAGCGCUAUCCAGUAUUCGAACAACUGCGCCCAGUUAGUUUUCAAUUGCAAGUCUGGUGCACAUUUUAUGUACAACUCAGCUUGGCUGCCUCCUUAAUUAGGAUUAAAAGUGAUGUGUAUCACAGUUCUGAAUGUAAGUUUUCAAGUACAUGAUUUGAAAUCCAGGUUAACCUUUCUGCCCUCAGGUGAUGAUUAACUUCUGUAUGGCUGCCAAGGAAUUAUACCGGAAAGAUGGAGAAUUAUCUACUGCAAUGAUCCUUGUGUGCAUCUUUCAUUUCAUUUAUGUUGCUGACUGUUUGUUUUAUGAGGUUAGUAUUGCAAAAAUGGUUAAAUUCUAAAGUAACAUGGUGUUCACAGUGGAGCAAUGCAGGAGGGCCUUUUUGAUAUUUUUGAUGGAGGAAAAAAAAUUCCAGCUGCUUGAGCUUCCUACCAAUUUUAUGUGGAAUGGAACAAUGGCAAAAAUAAUUGAUGAUGGUGAUGGGUCAUGAUCCAGAACGUUCACUGCCUCACAGGCCUAGAAGCCAAAGAAUUUAUUUCUCUUGAACUGGAGAGACUUAAGGUUCAGUCUGAGGGAAUGAGUUUUUAAAUUGACUAUUUCGUUCUUACACUAAGUGUGCAAGAUUUUGAUACACUGUAAAGUCUACAUCUUUCUAGAUAUGUUUGUUCUGAUGAUGUUUUUAUGAUUUUCAUUUUUUUGUUUUAGUCGUCCAUCUUGAGCACAAUGGAUAUUAUCGAGGAAGGCUUUGGCUUCAUGUUGGCUUUUGGUGACAUAUCUUGGGUUCCUGUCCUUUAUUCCUUACAGGCACGCUAUCUCGUUGAUAAUCCAAAUAAACUUCACUGGAUAACAACAGCUGCAAUCAUAGUUCUGUUUGGUAUGUCUGCCCUGUCUAUCUUGUAUACAUGUAUAUGAGCAGGGUUGUCACUAAGAUUUCAAGUUGCCUGAUAAAUACAACACGUAGGCGGGGAAUCAAACAGCUAGGGGUUUCUUUUGAGUCUAUUUUUCUUCUAUUUGCCUUUGAAAGUAGCCGGGGCCCACAUUCAUAGUAGCCGAGGAAAAUCCCUGACCCCCGCCUCUUAUGACAGCCCUUCAUAUGAAACAAAAUGUUUUUCACUGAUGGUCCUUUGAUAAGUUUUAGUAACAAUUCUGCACUUAUAAAGUGUGUCUCCCCAAAAAUGUCUUGAAUUUUGGCCUUCCAAAACUUCAGUUCACAUCAGAUUCUCAUUCCCAAUUCUUUUGUCUAUACAUGUAGUUAUUGGAUAUGCCAUAUUCCGUGGCUCGAACUCUCAAAAGGACAGGUUCAGAACUGACCCUGGCUCUGAGGAAUUUCAAGGUGAGCCAAAUACAUGCAAAUAUAAAUUCACUGUGGCAUUUAGGUGCAGACAUGGUGGUAUAAGAUACAAGCUUUGUUGUAAACAUUAUUUACAGCAGAUAAUUUGCAAGAGUUGUGCUACUAGUCAACAACAACCUUUAUUAUUACAUCCAAAUAAAAUUUUUUUAAUUUUUGUUUGCUAAUGGAAAUAAAAGAAGGAAUUGUUACAUAAUGAAAAUUAUGCACUAUGAUAACAUGGAUGUCUAGGAGCUAAAUUAAGAAACGUUUUUGUGCUCGCGCCUAGCUAUAAAAUGAUAUUUUUAAAACAUCGGUGACGUAGCAAAGAAAGAAAAAAACAAAACAAAAUAAGUAAAUAAAUAAUACACACACUGUACAUAGAGAAAAGAACAAACAUAGUCAACUUUCAAAUUGUCUAAUCAGUAGAUGCUGUUUUAGUAAGCGUUGGAAGGAGAAAUCUGGGAGGUCUUUCAAAUGAUGGGAGAGAUCUUAGCAAAGGUCAACGGCUAUAGAUUGGGUUCACUGUUUUCCUAUAUUUGUUCUUGUGCGUCAUUUAUACUUUUUGUACUUCAAAGGCAUAAUGAGGCCACAACUCCCCGAAAGCACUAUUGAAAAUCAUCUCCCCCCCCCCUCCCUUCUCGGAUAAUCACCCCCUUUUUCUUUUUUUUUUGUAAAAAAACAUACAUAUAUGGUUCUCAAUGACGUGAUAAGUUUGAUAUUUUCCUACAGAUGCAGAAACCAUUUUAACUUCAUCUGGUCGACGACUUCUGGCCUCAGGUUGGUGGGGCGUGGUGCGGCACCCCAACUAUCUAGGUGACAUCAUCAUGGCGUUUGCUUGGACUUUACCCUGUGGUACGUCGCAGUCGAUCUUUUAAAAAAGUAUAUUUUACGCCCUUGCGAAUAGCAAGAACAUGUUGAACUACCAAGACGGAAACAAAUGAUCGGAAAAUAAAUACAUGGCUCGUGCAAUCUUGAAAAGUCUUGAAUUUUAGUAGUCGUCUUGAAAAGUACUUGAUUUCUUUAUUAGGUCUUGAAAAGUCCUUAAAAUUCACUACCCUGUCUACGACAGACACCCGUUUACUGUAAAAUUAGAGGAAAAUUUUGCCGAGGAAAAUCAGGCUCAUCCUUGGUGUAAGAACCUAUAAAACACACGAGUAACGUAAAAACAUUUUAUUUCUGUUUCUUAAUUUCAAAUGCUAUUUCAAUCUGUGCCUCAGAUGCAAUUGCCAUUGAAUUGCAAAUCAUACCCAGUCAUUUUGCAAAAUGUUGUUGCGGAAAGUAGUAUUAAACAAUGUGAUCAACCAUGGUUGAAGAAGUUAAAAUCGUAAAUGACUCCGUGACCUGUUUUAGCCAAUGAGGUGUUCAAUAGAGGGUUUAAGUAUGCCGAUUCAUGAAAUAGAUCUUAUAGUCCUUGAAAACUGCAAUUUGUCCUUGAGAAGUCCUUGAAAUUUUUGUUUGUGUGAAGUUGCACGAACCAUGUAAUAAAACAGAUAUGCUGCUAGUCGAGUGUCAACCUCUCAUACGGUUCCUUCUUUACUCAGGUUCUUCUAGUCUGAUUCCAUUUUUCUACCCGGUUUACUUGACAAUUUUGCUGGUCCAUCGUGAACUGAGGGAUGAAGCAAGUAACCGCCGCAAGUACGGAGCAAGCUGGGACGAAUACUGUCGACGCGUGCCCUACCGCAUUCUGCCCAAAGUAUUUUAGAGUGUUUGUUGCCAUUAGCAUUUUUCUUUGAAAGCGUCUAUGUUUAUAACUGCAGAGAGAUACAUGUACCUGGCGGGUAGUUCUAAUGGUUAUUUUGAUCCCAUUUUUCCUCGUCGCUCAGAAACAAUUUGAAGUAUAUUGAUAAUUUAUUACAUGAUAAGUAAAAAAGGAGUUUUCCUAGCCUGCAGAGCAAGCGUUGUUUGACAGAGUGCGAAGCAGGAGACCUACUCGCGCACGAUUCGUAAGAGACGAGCGUGGGACGUAAGUUAGAGGGAAAUAUAGUUUUUCUCCUCGCCUCGCGCUUGACGCUCGCGUACUCUUCUUCUUCUUACUCGGCUUCUAUGCUGGCUAUGGUCUAACUGUCAUAACCUAUGGUGCUUUCCAUUGAUCGUACUCCGGUAGAAGAAUGCACUUUUAUAUUUCUAGUCUCUGAAGUGCUGCAUAAAUCAAAUGCUUUUCCAAGUGAUUUAUAGAGUUAAUUCCGUAUAUUUAUAUUCCGGAAUACGGUCACUUGAAUGCCAUGAAUGGACACCAAGAUUACAAGUUGCCCAUUUUUUCUCUGGAAUUCCCCGCAAAUAGGUGAUCACUCGAGCGUAAUGAAUAUUGCGUUUCGUGAGAACAUUUGAUGUGCAAUGGAAAGUACUGUACGUUAAGACUAUAGUUAAACGAAAUGAAAUUUCUUUCUUCGCUUUCCUCCUCCCUUUCCUCACUGGAGAUCAUUUUCUCAACAUAGUCCACUCGUCUAUGAAUGAGAAAAAAGAGAAAAAGCGUCAACUCCCGAGUCUAUUUUUACCAGAUAUAUUAAUCUAAAAGCUGUAAGAAUCUCAGAUUCUCACAUCUUUUAGAUUCGAUCUUUAUAUUUUAACUUACAAAAGAUUUUUAAGUUGCCUGUUUUUAAUUUGUAACUAUGUUUCAGAGUUUCCAUUUUCGAUCCAGGGUGUUGUUGUACAUUUUAUGCCGAUCGUUGCCGAUAAAAUUUUUAAAUACUAAACAACUCCCACACGUUUUUAAUCCAAUAUUUGAAUGCAUGCAUUAGCAACGUUACCCAGAUUUAGUUAUGUAAUUCCUUGAACAGGAACACCGUGUACGUAAAACCUUUCAUUGCGAAAACGAAAACAAGAAGUAUUUCAACCUUUGUUUGAGUGAAAUCCUUAUGGAUGUGACCACUAGUGAAACCUCUUCGUCGUUACUUUUUCUUGGUUUUAUUUUUUAUCAAUGUUUUAAAACCUUUUUAACCCGUCGUACGGCUUUUUGUUUUUAUAUGUUGAAGGAAAAGUUUUUGUUACGUCGGAAAAAAAUCCUUUGGCGCAGAAGACUUAAGCAAGGCAACUGUCUUGCCCCAUUUUCCAAAACAUAUGUCAUUUUGGCGGAAAACAGAACCCGCCCAAAUGCUCUGGUUUUCCAGUCUCUCAUUGGCUGAUUCAUUCCUCGUCGUAAGGGGCACCCCUUCUCUAAAAACAGUUUAAUUUAUCCACAUAUCGUUGUACAAUAAAAUUUAUUCUUUAGUAUUAAUCGUCAAUUUAUUCGUAAGUAUUAAUCAUCCUUAUAACUUGGCAUGGAUUCAUGAUAUUUCGUAGACGUAUACGCCAAAUGAAGCUUGGUAGCAUCACAACACCCAUUCCUUCAUGAUCUUUAACAAUUUAAGGUUAUAAGACCCAACUGUGUAUCUCAGUCAACUACGCCCCAAACAUUGUAAUGGGGCCCUUAAUAUUAUUUCUUAACACCUAAGGUGGUCGCCAGUGAGAACUUUAACAUAAUCGUUUUCUUCAAAAUGAAGUUUGACACGGUAAAUUCAAGAGUUUGUAAAAAAAUUAUUCUUUUUCUAAGAUUUACUUAGGAAGGAGCUUUUGAGACAAAUGAAAUAUAUCAGUGUGAGCUAAAAGGUAGUUAUCAGUGCAGUGUUACCCACUACAUACAACACAGACUGUACAGAGUUGAAUUCAAUGGCUCUGCAACAGGAACGAAAGACAAUGUCGAACUACAACUGUGAACGUAGGCUUCAGUAAUGUUAUAAGGAAUAGGUGGAACAAGUUAUCAACACCUCGCGUUUCGUUUUUCAUCUUAGUCUUCCUUUCAAUGUUUCCUUCAAUCUGUAGUUGGAAAUAUGGGCUUUGACUGCACUAACAUUUUGAUAGAAGUUUUGUAUAUAGUGUAAAGUAGGUGUUUACUUAUGGAGUCUGGACGAGAGUGCUCAAUACCUCAGUCAUCGGUUAUCUAUUGGAGACCUUCAGAUUCUAAGAUGAGUACGAGAUUUUGUCAAUACGAAGUAGUGCUAGCGCGUGAACAAGCGUCUUUUGGCGGGAAAAUGUGAUAGCCGUCGUCAUUCUACGACGAGUUUUAGGGAGAAUGUAGUAGUGGUGGAAACAAGUUAUCAAAUGUUAGAAAUGUUAUCAUUUUGCGAUUACGAGAGGGUUUAAACUCCUUCAAUGAAGAUAGCAGUAAUAGCUUUUCUGGUGAAUCAAAAUUACAAUGAAGCUUUCCGUGAUGUCUACUUUUUUCGUUGAGAACACGUCGAGUAAACUUUAAGUCAAAUCUCGCACUCAUAGUCGUUCUCGUCGUGGAAUCUCAAGGUCUCUAUUGUCGCAUCACCAGUGAUUUGUCUGCUAUUAACUAAAAUCCCAGC